AUGUUAGACUAAAACCAAAAUAUAUAAUUGAUAGAUAUUACAUUUUAGAACCUAACUGUUAAUGUUUAAACAAAAAAUGGUUAAAAACAAUUGCUAAAAAAUAUAUCUGGUAUUUGCAAGAAUUCUGAAAUAACUGCAAUUUUAGGUUCUUCUGGAGCAGGUAAAACUACUCUAUUAAAUGCACUAUGUAAAAGAAUACAAAAUACAUAAACAACUUAAGUAUCAGGCAGUAUAUAAGCUAAUUAAGAGCAUAUCACUUUUGAGGCUUUUUCCAACUAUGGCUCUUACAUAAUGCAAGAUGAUAUUCUACUCGAAACUAUGACUGUUAAAGAGUGUUUAAAUUUUGCUGCAAAUUUAAAAUUAUAAGGAAGCCAAUAAGAAAAGAGUUAAAUUGUAUAAGAAACUUUAAAAUAUUUAAAGCUAGAGAGGUGUUAAAAUACUUUAAUUGGUGGAUAAUUUGUUAAAGGUAUUUCUGGAGGUGAAAGGAAGAGAACUUCUAUCGGUUUUGAACUAGUCACUAAUCCUACAGUCCUUAUAUUAGAUGAACCUACUUCUGGCUUAGAUAGUUUUACUGCUUACUUGUUAAUUUCACUACUGAAAAGAUAUGCUUAAAAUAAAAGGAAAACCGUCAUAUUUACUAUCCAUACUCCUUCUUCAGAUAUAUGGUCAAUAUUUGACAGAAUAAUGCUUCUUGUAGAUGGAAGAUUUAUCUAUCAAGGAGCAAGCAAUGAAAAAAUUAUUAGUCAUUUCAAUAGUUUUGGUUUUGUUUGCCCAAAGCUUUAGAAUCCAGCAGAUUAUUUUUUGAGUAUUAUGAAUGCUUCUGAAAAUAAUUUAAAGAACUUUCCAAAAUACUUUGAAGGCUAUGAAAAAUUAAACGAUAUUGUUUAAAAUGAAAUAGAAUAAAAAUAGAUUUAAAUGAUACUUUCAAGCAAAUAUUAAACUCCAAUAUAUUAUUAAAUCAUUCAAAUAGCCAAAAGAUCUUGGAAAAAUGUAAAAAGGAAUCCAAUUUUAUUUAAAAUUCGUAUCAUCUAGGCAAUAUUUAUGGCUAUUUUUUUAGGUUUAGUUUAUGUUAAGAUAGAAGAUGGGAGCAAUUAACCUUCAAGUAUAAGAGAUAUGAAUAAUAGAAGUGGUCUUCUUUAUUUUACUUGUGUAAAUUAGUUAAUGAUGGCACUAAAUCCAUGCCUCCUAACCUUCCCUUCUAUGAGCACCAUAUUUUUAAGAGAAUAAAAUUCUAAACUCUACUCAGUGUUAUCUUAUUUUAUUGGAAGAUUGCUAAUAGAAAUUAUUCCAUAAAUUAUUGCACCAAUAAUUUUUGGAAUUAUAUAAUUUUAUAUGAUUGGUUUGAACGAUCACACAUCAGAAAACGUAAUUUUCUACUUAUUUAGCUUGGUUUUAUGUAGCUUGCUAGGAUUUGGACUAGGAUAAAUAGGUGGUACCUUAUUUAAUUAAAGCAAAACUGCUAUUGCUAUUAAUCCUCUAAUUUUAUACCCUAAUAUGCUUUUUGGAGGUUUCCUCAAAUAUUCAAAUGAUUUAUCUCCAUGGAUAUCGUGGAUUUCAUACUUAUUUCCUACAAAAUACACUUUUAACGCUAUGGCUAUGAAUGAAUAUGAAUUCACUUACUUUACUCCAAAUCCAACUUAGUUUCUCGGUCUCGAAUUUACUAAAUGCUUUUUAAAAUUGUUUAAAUGA